CCCGCUCCGGUCAUUACCACAAGAACCAGCGCCAAGACAAGUCGAUACAUAACUAGUCAGGAUCAUGUCCUUCAAGGACGGUGUCGAGUACAGCUGCGACCGCGUAUUCACAAUAGAGGAACUACUGCAGAUCAAACCCGACCACUCGUGCCGUUGGAUGAACCAACAAGCGUAUGGGGACUCGGCUCCCAGUGAAGACAUGAGACCUGUUCGCCGCCGGUCGAGCACACUUGAUCUCUCUAAGAAGGCCAUUUGCCAUUUAUGCCGCGCAUCAAUUCAACGUGGAACCCAGUCAUGGAGCGUGGCAACCCCACCCGCUCGGACGAAGUCAAUAAGCCGAUUAAGAAGGUGAAGAAGUUUGAGAUUCGGCGUGAAGGAGCCGAGUCCAAUGUUCGCCGCCCUGUGGAAUUAGAUGAGUUCUUGAGCCUCUUAAUGCUAAUGCGAACAAAGAGGGUAGAUACAAAUACAGCUUAUAUGGGAGGCAGUGUAUUGAUACUGCAGUGGGAUAUGUGCGCUCGUAUUGAUGACAUGAUGAAACUACAAUCCAGGAGCUUCUCACCCAACACUCAAUACCUGUCAACCCUUCUCUUUCAACUGCGGUAG